AUGGCUUUCCAAGUGGGAACAUACGUGCAGAUCAAAGGCUUGUCAAAGAAGCCAGAAUACAAUGGCUUCACUGGCAAGAUCUUCGUGGAAAAGAACGAUGAAGAUCGCUGGGGCGUUGAGUUCUUCUAUGUGGGUCGGAUGAACAGCUUGAAGACCAUCUUAGCAAAGGAGGACAAUUUGGGCUUGCUGUGCGAGCUGCCCAAGCCCUUACCACGAUCAGGCAAAGUGCUUCUUCUUGAUGGUUUUGGCAUGUUUGGUGCUAAAGAGAACUUUGUCACCAAGGCCUUGUUUGCAUCCGACCCAGCGUUCUUCCAGCAGUGUGGUGUAGUUCAUGUGGGCUUGCAGGAUGAGAAUCCCAAAAGUGGCGAAUUGUGCGAGAAGGCGAUUCUGGCUGCCUGUGCAAAUCCUGCAGACUUCCGAGCCAUUGUAGUUUCGGAUUUGAGUGACUGCAAGCUUUUUCGUGCUUGGUUUGAUGACUACAAAGCUGAGGAGGACCAGGACGAGGCCCGCACCAGUGCCAUCGUGGCCGUGAAAUCGGGCGGUGCUUUGGGAGGCACCAUCGCAUACUUUGGAGAUGUGAACGCCGAAGAUGAAACACAGACCUUGAUGCUGAAGCUCCUUGCUGAGAGUCCCAUCUCAGUGUCCAUCCCAGAAGGUGAUGUGAUCAUCGAAGAGUUGUCGAAGAAGAGGAGUUCAAAGAAACGCGACCAGACGUGCUUCGUCUGCGGCACAGAGAGCGGCUUCCGCGUCUACAGCACGGAUCCGUUCCACCUCACCUUUCGAAGAGAGGAUGGUGGUGGCCUGGGCGUGGUGUGCAUGCUGUUCCGCACCAACAUCCUGGCCUUCACGGGUGGUGGCAAGAAUCCGCGCUUCCAGCCACAGAAUGUGGUGCUGUGGGACGACCGGAACACCCGGAUCAUGGCGGAGCUCCGGUUCAAGACCCCCGUGCGCUCCGUACAGCUUCGCCGGGAUCUGGUGGUGGUGGCGACCAGCAACAAGGUGUGGGUCUAUGGCUUCAAGACUCUAAGCCUUCUUCACUCCAUCGAGACCACCGAGAAUCCCAAAGGCCUUUGCUGUCUUUCCUCUGGAGAGCGCAUCCUUUUGCUCUGCCCGGGGAUGCAACAGGGCAGUGUGCUGGCCACGACUUACCCGAGCGGCUUUGGUGACCCAGCGGUCGUGGAGAAAGAGCGGAACCAGAUCCUCCACGCGCAUGACUCCCCUAUCGCCGCCAUGGCGGUCGACCAGAGCUGUUCCCUCAUUGCCACAGCUUCGGAGAAGGGCACCAUCGUCCGCGUCCAUGAGAUCCAUGGCGAUGGCAAGCCUCAGGAGCUGCGGCGGGGCCUCGACCGAGCAGAGAUCCAUUCCCUGGCGUUCAGCCCAUCAGGCGACUUCCUGGUGGCGUCUUCGGACAAAGGGACCGUGCACGUCUUCGCCCUUCGCACAGGUGGUGGCGAGGAUGCGACGAACUCCAAGUCCAGCUUGAAGCGCUUGUCGCGUGUGCUGCCCGUCUAUUUCUCUUCAGAGUGGAGCUUUGCACAGUUCCGCGUGCACGACUAUCGAAACAUCGCCGCCUUUAGCGCGCAGAGCCCCCACACGGUGAUCAUCGUGUGCGCCAACGGCUCCUACUACAAGGUGCGCUUCGACCCAAGUAGUGGUGGAGAGAUGAUCCGAGAGGAGUACCACCAGUUUGACGGCGCGUUAGAGGGCCGAGAGAUCCAGGUGCCCACCGCGCUAGGCGAUCCAGGCACCUGAGGCGAUCCGGGCACUCGAACAUGCUCGAACGACGUUGAACGGCGCUGGUCCCCGGGGAAAUCGAAGGAAGGCGCAGCGCAGGUCCCGGGCGCAGCGCGCGCAGCGCUUCUUCCAUGCGGUGAACUACGCAGGAGCAAGUUCCAGCGCGGAACGAUGUACUGUUCAGGUUUCGGCGGAAGAUUGGGUAGGUAUACUGGACUUGCUGGGCACUGGAAAGGGAAGUGAUUGAAACAGAUUUUGAUUGGUACUCUGCCUGGAACUAACAUGCAGUGGAAAACGCUCUGUCUGUAGAGGAAAAUGGUUGGGGUGGUUCUUCAUUGAGUGGCACAUAGUGGCACGCUUGAGGUUUCAUCACACGUUGGCACAAGGGGGUAAGUAGAGCUUUCUCACGUGUCUCGCAUCAGAUUUUGAUUUAUCCAAAGAAAGCUCUACAUGAAAAGGCGAACCCCCCUCCAAACCAACCUUUCUUGGAGAAGUACUUGAAAGUACUUGAAAGUGCUUCCUCAUCUUGCGGAGAUCUUCCAAAUCAACUUCACUUCAACAGACUAGUUCGGGUUCAAUCCCCAUGUUUCACUCCAUGUCAUCACUCCAUUUCAGCCCCGGGACUCAGGGCCACCGACCGCCCUCCUGGUCGCAGGUCCCGUGUGCUCCGAGUCGGUGCGACGUCCCAGAACACGGGCGACGCGAGGGUCCGUGGGUCGGGCGACGUCGAGGACGGCGAGAGUCGGAGGACCAGUCGUCCUUCUGUUAAUUUAAUUCUUAUAGCGAUGCACUUGUUACUACUAGUAAGGCACUUGUUUCUAGUAGCGUGGCACUUGUUACUAGUAGCUUCACAUGUUCUCUGAAAAAUAAUCUCUUGGUUUGGCCGCGAGGUCGGUCUACUGAGGUGUGAAAACAGGUGCACCCCGUUUCUUUGGGACCAUAGAAGGAUGGCUCUAUCAAAGAGUCAUAAAUGGAGGGUUACUUUCGGGUACGGGAUGUUUCGAGGAUGUCUUUUUGCGGCAGCAUGUGUUUUUUUCAGUCCUCCGCCAUUGGAAAAGGGCACGAAACCAUUGGAAAACCGCCGCAGACCAAAGGGUAAACAAACGACCCGGGCAUGAUGUGUUGAGUUCAUGUGCUUGAAGACUUCGCAGAGAUGACAAUGUAUAGUAUAGACAGUGUAUAAGAGGGUUGGGGCAGCCACUCAAUUUCUGCACAUCUUGAGCAUGCAUGUCGAUUGGACGCGUCAGUCCUCACAGUCCUGGCUGUCCUCCACAGGUGGCACCACAAAGUCAUCGUGCGCAAUGAAGUCAUUGCGCAGCCCCAGAGCUCGGGUGGGUCUGAAUCGAAGACCCGCCCGGCCGAGGCAAAGUCCUCUGAAAUCCGAACACUCGGAGUGGCCGUGGCACGAUGUUUGCUUC